UUGCGCUCUCGUCGAAAGGCAGGUCCAUGAGUGACCACCCUCCAGUGGGAGUCGGCAACUAAUUUUAUACUAGGUUAACAUGUGACAGGCUGCGAAUAUUAUAAGAACAAGACACACCAAGUGUCAGUUCCAAGGUUGUUGGUACCUGCGUUAGUCUAGAGGGUUUCCAGGUAUCCGGUGCGUAGGCAAUGACUAUCCAUGCUGUAUCAACCAAUAGCUCGCACUCCAACAUAGCUACGACAUAAAACUAAACCAUCUCCUCUCCUCUCUCUCCCAACGACAGCGAUGCAAACACCUGACCUUCCUCCAGCAAACUCACCAUUCCCAUCUCUCAGACGCCCUGCUAGCUCCCCAAUCCAAUCGCCGCUUCUUCUUACCUUUAUCCCUCACCACCAACUCAACCGACAACACGCCAAGAACCACGUUCUGCACCCAACAAUCUUUUUUCCCCGCUACCGACGUCAUGCUCAGCAGAUUCUUUACUGUUAUCUAGUUAUCAAGCUUGAUUUUACGGGUCGCUGCCGGAAAAUGAGUACCCCAAUGGCCUUUGCCAAGGUAUCUCGCGGCCUUGGCUGGGGGGAUCUCAACUCGCAUGUCGGAAAGGUAUAUAUAGGACGAAGAACCGUUUGGAGUACGGAGCUGGCUGGCUUGUUUUUAUCCCUCACACUAAAUCUUCUGCUUCGGACGGACUUUCAAGACACGGAUCCCUAUUGUCCUUCGUUGAACGCGCUCGACACUCGAUAGUCUGCCGUCCUUAUACACCUGUCACGAUGAAGGUGUCUAUGGUGUUCUGCGCUGCGGCUGCCGCGGGGGUUGGGGCGCAGGAUAGUGUGUCU